UACACGUUUGCUUUUGAGUACUGCUUAGGGCAAACUUAACAGUCCCCACACAACCGUUUGUAGGCAUCAAUCUUACGUACUUGAAGAUGGGAGGUGGAAAGCACGAGAAACAUGAGACAAGUGAGAAAGGACUAUUUUCAUAUGGUUGUGGUGGAUCACACCCUCCACAAGGAUAUGGAUAUCCCCCGCAAGCAUAUGGUGGUGGUGGAUCAUACCCUACUUCAGGGGGGUACCCUCCAGCUGCGUAUCCUUCUUAUGGGGGAUAUCCACCAACCUCCUACCCUCCACCCGGUUAUUCAGGGCAUGGAACUGGCAUGGGAAUGGGAGGGAUGUUAGCUGGGGGUGCUGCCGCAGCUGCUGCUCCGUAUGGUGCUAACCAUCUUGUGCAUGGAGCUGGGGCACCCCAUGGCUAUGGCGCUGGGGCACCCCAUGGCUAUGGCGCUUACCAUGGUUACCAGGGCUACGGCUACGGGGGUGGCCACGGCUACGGCGGUCAUGGCAAAUUUAAGCACGGGAAAUUUAAGCAUGGCAAGCCCUUUGGGGGCAAGUUCAAGAAAUGGAAGUAAACAUUUGAUAUGGUGGAUCUAAUUAAGGCAAAUAUUAUGCUCGGUUCAUUCUAAGCUAAUAUAUUUACGCCCCUUCUAAUAAUUAGUUAAUUACUUUAAACAUGUAUUUGUAUUCUAAUAAUUAUUUAUAUUCAAAAUACAAUAUAAAUAAAGACGUAUUUGUAUUGUAA